AUGGCGCAGUUUGGUGGAAGCACGGAGCUGUCGCUGGUGGAGAGCUUCGUGUCGCGGCAUCUGGUGCGCCGGGCGCUCCAGCAUCACUCCCUGCCCUCCACCCAAGUCGCUGCCAAUGUCGGGGAUGAGGUGGAGCGGGUGAUGAGAGAGCUCGUGGGCGUGAUUGCCCGUCUCGCUGUGGGCAAUGCACGACAGAGGUCAACCAGCGGCCUGCCCUUUCCUGUGAGCAUCAGCGAGGAGGACGUCUGGCAGGCCGUCCAUCGCCUCGGGCUUGACGACCACUUGGCCCUGCCGUCGCCCAUUCCCCUCACCCGAGGGUCGACGUUCAGC